CUGACUACCCCCGUAGCAAUGGUAUGGUCUAAACAUGGCCGCCUCCGUCCUACAACGCUGUCUGUCGUCUGUCAAUGUCGUCUUAAAAUGUGGAACUCAGUCUUAUUUAGCGCGGAGGUGUCUUCUGUCCGCUGCUUACACAGACAACAAACUAUGGGACCAACGACAUUCAGAUCCUCAAAAUCUCGCCAAACUGGCAAACCUGAUGGAAAGAUCAUAUGAGCGGAAAUUCCCUGUCAGUUCCCUGGCGAUUGCACGGUUUGUAGACAAUGUAUCUUCAAGAGAAGAAGUUGAUCAAGCAGAGUACUACUUGUAUAGGUUCCGACACAGCCCAAACUGCUGGUACCUGAGACCUUGGACCAUCCACAGCUGGAUCCGCCAGUGUCUGAAGUACGAAGCUCUGGACAAAGCCCUCCACACUAUACAGAAUAAGGUGCAAUACGGAGUAUUUCCUGACGACUACACCUUCAAUCUAAUAAUUGAUGCAUUCCUAAAAAAUGAAGACUACCAAAGUGCGUGUUCUGUGGUGGAAGAGGUGAUGCUCCAGGAGGCCUUUAACAGUCCCACCACUCAGAUCCUUUCCUUGUUUGCCCUCACCAAACACCUCGCCCUCAAGCCAGGUCUCUCGUUGGAGGAGCAGAGAAAUCUGGGAGCAUCUCUAUACCUCGCUGGUCUUCAGCAGGAGAACUCCCUGGGUGCGAGCGCUCAGUGCUUAGGCUGUGCUCUCAUAGGGAAGAUGGAGAUGACGCAGGGAAUGCACUCGGUGUUCCGGCAGAUGCCCCUGAUGUGGACGCGCGGUUACCUGGCACGGGCCCUCGCCGUCAUGGAGACGGUGUCCACAGGAACUGGGAAUGUGAAAAUAUCCAAAGAUGUUCUGGAUCGUGUGGAGGCUGUGCUUGAAGAUCUCUCUGCCACGGCCCUGCCGGAGGCGUGUGAAGGAGAGGAGCAGCGCUCUGAUAGCAGCUCGGACGAGGAGGCGCCUAAGAUCACCCUGGACGAGGAGGAUGAGCAGGAGAGGGCCAAGCUUCCUGAAUACACUGCCACGUUCAAGGCUCUGCGUGCCCAGCUCCAGGCCUCGGGGAAGGAGGACCCCACCUCUCUGGAGGCCCUGGCCGUCAGCGCGGCCCAGGGGCAGCUCCAGGCCGCCGAGCAGCCCGACAUCGAGCAGCACCGGCUCACCGUGAGCGACUGGGAGGCCGAGCGGCGGCAGCUCAUCCAGAGGGAGAAGGAGAGCAGGGAGAAGAUGGAGCAGAUCGCACAGGAGAGGAGGGCCACCGCCACCGCCACCGCCACCGCUUAGAGACUCCGAGGCUGGUCCAAGACAUAGUUCAUUAUGUAAUAAGAGAUCAAAAAGCUUGGUUCUGUCAUGUUCAGCAUUGCUGUGUGGCAAAGAGCUCUACUGUACCGGCCUCCCUUAAGGCCCUAUUGAAGGCGCUUAGUAGGGGAGGACAUUGUGAAUACCUUGCUCACAGUAAUUGAUGUCAUGUUUGUUGGCUUUUUGUUUGUGUCCAUAGAUGAUUAAAAUGCAAAAGCAGCUGGAAAUGUGUGUAAUGUGGCUGUAAUACCAGGCGUUUUGCAGUAUGGUGUGAUUAUUUGAAUUAAGCCUUUUGGUACCUCCUGUAAAUAAACAUGGCAUCAGUAAAUAAAGCUGUUAGCUCCUGGUUAUCUCCUGGGAUCACA